AUGGAGGGGCUUCCCAAAUCGCCUGCAGAUAUUGCUAAUCCUCCAUACUUUCUGCCCUUACAGUCGUUUCAGGAUAACUACAAAGUCAUCAGCGAUUUAGGAGAAGGAAGCUUUGGCCAGGUUUCUCUUGCCAAAUGCAAAUUUAAGCUCGAUGAUCUUGUAAGAUUUCAGCCGUUUAUCGAUACGUUAACUGAGCGGACAAUGGGGUUCAAGAAUGAAAACAUUAUGAAUAAGAGGAUCAGAUUGGUGGCCAUCAAAACGAUGAAUAAGAGACUACCGAACUUGAACGAUUACCUCAAGGUGAAGGAGGUUAAGUUUAUCUUGUCAAUCCCAUACCACAAGAACUUGGUGCAGAUUUAUGAAAUGUUCAUCGAUAACCUUGAGUUCAAAUUGCACAUCGUUAUGGAGGUGAUGGAUCGCAAUCUAUACCAAUUGAUUAGAUCCAGAAAUAACAGGCCAUUCUCAUACCGAACUAUGAAGUCUAUUCUUGCACAGUUGCUCAAUGGUAUCCGUCAUAUACACAGACAUGGUUACUUCCAUAGGGACAUCAAGCCGGAAAACAUCUUGGUUACACCGACAAGUCGUUUUUACACCGACGAUUAUAUAGAAUCCCACGAUAUUAACCACAUAUUUGUUGUCAAACUUGCAGAUUAUGGAUUAUCGAGACAAAUCAGUAAUAAGGGACGAUACACAUCUUAUGUUUCAACAAGAUGGUACAGGGCACCAGAAAUCUUGUUAAGAAGAGAUUCGUAUUCUACACCGGUGGAUAUUUGGGCUUUUGGGUUGGUUGCCGUUGAAGUUGCCACACUUAGACCACUUUUCCCUGGAUCUAAUGAACUUGAUCAGUUAUGCAAAGUGAUGAGGGUGUUGGGAACACCUUCAUCACUCAACAAGAUACCUUAUCAUAACCCCUUUUAUGGAUAUUGGGAUGAAGCAAUGAUGCUAAUGAGGAGAUUAAACUUGUCGUUCCCAGAGCAGAAGGGUACUGACAUUUAUCAUAUUAUUCGUGACGAGAAUUUGCAAUGGCUAUGCCAGAUUAUCAGAGCAUGCUUGACAUGGGACCCCGAUAAAAGGGCAUCCGCAGAUAUUCUCUGUGGUCUGUAUUAUUUU